GAAAGCCCAAAGCGCCAAGUCCUGCUACGAUCCAGUUUUACUUGUCAUCAUAUCAUAGAUCUGAAAAACUGCAUUCCGAUGUUUACAACAAACACAAAUCUGCUCUGAAUCAGUUCCAGUUUGACACACUCACUCACCGGAGAAAAAAAAAAAAAAAAUGGAACCGGACGCCAGCAUCGAAACGAGUGGAAUGAUUCGUGUGGCGGUCCUCCCGAUCGCCUCCAUCCCUCCGCUUCUCUUCCGUGACUACGCUGCCAUGCUCCUCCGCCAUCACACUGUCUCCCUCAACUCCAUCAGCUCCUUCUAUACCGAGCACCAGAAAUCUCCUUUUUCAAAUCAGCCCUGGGAAUCCGGCACCCUCCGCUUCAAAUUCAUACUCGGUGGAUCACCGCCUUCUCCCUGGGAGGAUUUCCAGUCCAACCGCAAGGUCCUCGCCGUCAUCGGCAUUUCCCACUGUCCUUCCUCUCCCGAUCUCGUCUCUGUUGCCAAUCAAUUCACUGCUGCUUGUAAGGGUUAUUCUUCCUCACUCGUUCAGCGAUGCUUCGCCUUCUGCCCAGGGGAUUCGCAGCUAGAAGAUGAGAGUGUUAAGGGGAGUAACAUAAUUCUGUUCCCCCCUGCUGAUCGGCAAACACAGGAAUUCCAUUUGCAAACAAUGGUGCAAGAUAUUGCUGCCUCAUUGUUGAUGGAAUUUGAGAAGUGGGUUCUCCAAGCAGAAUCUGGUGGGACUAUUUUGAAAACGCCUCUAGAUUCGCAAGCCAGUCUGAGCUCAGAGGAGGUGAUUAAGGCAAAAAAACGGAGACUUGGUCGUGCACAGAAAACCAUAGGAGAUUACUGCUUGUUAGCUGGAUCACCUGUUGAUGCCAACGCUCAUUAUUCUACUGCAUUGGAACUUACCAGAUUGACUGCAGAUUUUUUUUGGUAUGCCGGGGCAAUGGAGGGAAGCGUUUGUGCAUUACUGAUGGAUCGCAUGGGCCAGAAGGACACAGUUUUGGAGGAUGAAGUUAAGUAUCGAUACAACAGUGUCAUUCUGCAUUACAGGAAAUCGUUUAUACAAGAUAAUGCACAAAGGGUUUCACCUUUAAGCUUUGAACUUGAGGCCACGUUAAAACUGGCAAGAUUCCUCUGCAGGCGGGAGCUGGCUAAGGAUGUUGUAGAGUUGUUGACAGCUGCUGCUGAUGGAGCAACAUCCUUGAUUGAUGCCAGUGACAAGCUUGUAGUAUAUGUUGAAAUUGCUCGCCUUUUUGGUGCACUUGGUUAUCAUCGAAAAGCUGCCUUUUUCUCAAGGCAGGUAGCUCAGUUGUACUUGCAACAGGAUAAUAAAUUUGCUGCUAUCAGCGCAAUGCAAGUCUUGGCAAUGACAACAAAAGCUUAUCGUGUCCAAAGUCGAGCAUCUAGCGAACCUUCUAAUGAUGCUGGACAAACUUAUGCCGAUGGAGGAAAAAUUCAUCAUCACUCGAUAAUCUCCUUGUUUGAGUCACAAUGGAGCACCCUGCAGAUGGUUGUGCUGCGAGAAAUUCUUCUUUCUGCUGUUCGUGCCGGGGAUCCUCUUGCUGCUUGGAGUGCGGCUGCACGUCUACUUAGGUCUUAUUAUCCUCUAAUUACACCUGCUGGGCAAAAUGGCCUCGCCACUGCACUUGCAAAAUCAGCCGUGAGGCUUCCUUUGGGAACUCGAUGUGGUGAUCCAGCUCUGCCCUUCAUAAGGUUGCAUUCAUUUCCUUCACACUCAGCACAAAUGGACAUUAUCAAACGCAAUCUGGCUAGAGAAGACUGGUGGAUGGGAUCUGCUCCUUUAGGGCCAUUCAUUUAUACUCCAUUCAGCAAAGGAGAACCAAGUAAUAGUAAUAAGCAGGAGCUAACAUGGGUUGUCGGUGAACCAGUCCAAGUGCUGGUGGAAUUAGCAAAUCCCUGUGGCUUUGAGGUGAUGGUUGAUAGCAUCUAUUUGUCUGUGCAUUCCAAAAACCUUGAUGCAUUUCCUGUAAGUGUCAAUCUCCCGCCCAAUUCUUCAAAGGUGAUCACAUUAUCUGGAAUCCCAACCAAAGAGGGUCCAGUUUCUGUUCCUGGAUGUGUUGUUCACUGUUUUGGCGUCAUCACUGAGCAUUUUUUCAAGGAGGUUGACAAUCUGCUUAUUGGGGCAACUCAAGGGCUUGUGCUUUCUGACCCUUUCCGGAGUUGUGGUGCGGCGAAGUUAAAGAAUACACCUAUACCUAAUAUUUCAGUGGUACCACCACUGCCAUUGUUAGUAUCACAUGUUGUAGGUGGUGAUGGAUCCGUUAUGUUAUAUGAAGGUGAGAUACGAAAUGUGUCGAUUAGUUUGGCCAAUGCAGGCACUGUUCCAGUUGAGCAAGCACACAUAUCGUUGUCAGGCAAAAACCAAGACUCUGUUGUAUCAGUUGCUUCUGAAACUCUGAAGUCGGCCCUCCCUUUGAAACCUGGGGCAGAGGUGACAAUAUGUGUAACCUUAAAAGCCUGGCAGCUUGGCCUAUCUGAUCCUGAUGCUGCUGCCAGCAAGGGUGUCCCUGGAACCUCAGGGAAACAAGUUAAAGAUGGCAGCAGCCCAGUGCUGUUGAUCCACUAUGCAGGUCCACUGACAAAUUCUGGAGACUCUCAAACAGAGUUUCUUCCAACUCCUGGGAGACGUCUGGUCAUUCCCUUAAACAUCUGUGUUCUGCAGGGUUUGUCUUUUGUGAAAGCUCGUUUGCUAUCAAUGGAAAUUCCAGCUUGUGUUGGUGAUACUUACACCAAGCUAGUACAGUCAGGAAGUGAUGGUACUGAGCAUGCCAAUGAUUCUGAAAGACAAACUGACAGGUUCAUGAAACUUGAUCCUUACAGGGGAAGUUGGGGGCUGCGCUUACUUGAAUUAGAAUUGUCUAAUCCAACUGAUGUUGUCUUUGAGACUAGCGUUUCAGUUGACAUGGACAAUUCUAACAAGGAGAGCUUUUCCAAUUGUACGUCUGCAGAAUUUGGUGAUCCAAAAACAAGGAUUGACAGGAAUUAUACUGCUAGAGUGCUAAUACCGCUUGAACAUUUUAAGUUACCUGUUCUUGAUGGCUCCUUUCUCGUCAAGGAUUCUCAAAGUAAUGGAACUGCUGGUGGUCGAAGUUCUAGCUUCUCAGAAAAGAAUAUUAAGACCGAGCUGAAUGCAUCCAUUAAGAAUUUGAUUUCCAGAAUUAAAGUCAGGUGGCAAUCUGGACGAAGCAGUUCAGGAGAACUAGAUAUCAAGGAUGCAAUACAGGCUGCUCUCCAGGCAUCUGUUCUGGACGUGCUACUGCCGGAUCCACUGACGUUUGGCUUUAGGCUUGCUAAAAGUACUUCAGACCUUUCUAUUAUGAAACAAAAUUCACCAAAAAAGACUGAUAUGGUGAAUUCUUGCGGCACCGAAGGUUCCAUUGUGGCGCAUGACAUGACAGCAAUGGAAGUGCUGGUACGCAACAAUACCAAGGGAGCCAUUAGGAUUAAUCUUAGUGUCACAUGCAAAGAUGUGGCUGGGGAGAACUGCAUCGAGGGCGACAAGGCAACUGUUCUAUGGGAAGGUGUAUUGACUGGUAUUACCAUGGAGGUUCCUCCUCUUCAAGAAAUUAGGCAUAUUUUCUCUUUAUAUUUCCUGAUCCCAGGAGAAUACACAAUGGCUGCUGCUGCUGUGAUCAAAGAUGCUAAUGAAGUCCUUAGAGCUCGAGCGAGAACUAAUUCAUUUGACGACCCAAUCUUUUGCCGUGGACCACCAUUUCGUGUACGAGUGAACGGGACUGCUUGAUUUUGUGUUAUGUUGUGUUGUGUUGUGUUGGUUAAAAUCAGGUGAAUGCUAAACCUGUUUGCCUUGUCUGAAUUAAUUUUAUUCACUAGCUUAUCUGAAGUUUAAGGGAUUAUGAUUUCUGGAUACAAAGUAAAUCGUGAUUCUGCGUUUUAAAUUUGAGCCCAUUCGUAUUCCUUGCAAAGAUUGAUUGAACAUAUAUUUGUCUCUGAAGGUAAAUGGUUCCCACUUUUGCCA